AUGGUGGUGGUACUGGAUGCUUUAGCAUCCUACCUCCAAGACAUGUUGUUGGAGAUGGCUAAAGAAGAGGUGCAUCUGCUCUUAUGUGUUCCCAAUGAGAUAAAAAAGAUGGGGAUGAAGCUUGGGGACCUUAAGAGGUUCCUCGCCGAUGCUGACAAGAGGAACAUCAGUGAUGAGAGUGUGAAAUCAUGGGCAAGAGAGCUUAGGAAUGCCAUGUAUGAUGCUACCAACAUCCUUGAUUUGUGCCAGCUCAAGGCACUAGAACGGGGUCGAAGCUCUGAUAUGGGCUGCUUCAAUCCCUUGCUCUUUUGUAUGAGGAAUCCUCUCCAUGCUCAUGACAUCGGAGGGAUUGGCAAAACCACCCUUGCCAAGAAGAUCUUUAAUCAUGACUUCAUCAAACAAGAGUUUCAAAAGAGAAUAUGGUUGAGUGUCAAUCAAGAAUUUAGCGAUGUUGAUCUAUUAGAGAGAGCUAUCAUCAAAACACAAGGAAACCAUCAAGCACCAAGAAACACAAAGGCCGUGACUAGAGCGAACCCUUAA